ACGAGAAACUAAUCUGUUAAAGGGACCGUUCACGAUUAAACAUGAAUCAACCCUCUUCCUCAAGUUCACUUCUAUGCACACAAUGCCAGGAGCCGAAGCAGGUGUUGAAGUAUGUGCUGCCGAUGCAAGGAGGUAAAAAGGAGUUCUGCUCUGAACCCUGCCUCACUGCUUACAGGAAAGCUGUCAAAAACAACCAAAAAAGUAAUGAAUCUGCCAAACCAUCUGUGGCACCUCCGAAAUCUACAGUAGCGCCUCCGAAAGCCUCCCCUGGGACCCCUAAACCUGCUCCUAAGGACGAACCCCUUGAACUAAAUGAGAUUAAGAACGAAGAAUCACCGUCUGCCAAGAAAGGUGCCCCAGAACAGGAGACACAGUUCUGUUGGAAAGAAUAUUUAAAGGAAACUAAAUCAGCUGCAGCUCCGCCAUCUUGUUUUAAACAGAGUGUUGAGCCCCCUGAGAAUGAGUUCACUAUUGGUUCUAAACUUGAGGCCCAGGAUCCCAGGUCACAGAUGGCCUGCAUAGCAACAGUCAUUGGUGUGCUUGGUCCAAGGGUGAGAUUACGACUGGACGGAUCAGAUACUAAAAAUGAUUUUUGGAAGAUGGUUGACGACUCAGAGUUGCAUGAGAUCGGACAUUGUGAGAAGAACGGCGGUAUGUUGCAACCUCCCAUGGGUUUCACACUCAAUGCAACUUCCUGGCCGAAAUUUUUGGCAAAGACUCUAAAAGACGCAGUUUACUGUCCUUCAAGAUGUUUUAAAAAGGAGCCGGUGGGACCGAAAACUAACAAAUUUCAGCCCGGAAUGAAGCUAGAAGCUGUGGAUAAAAAGAAUCCUCAUCUUAUUUGCUGUGCUACAGUAGGAGCUGUAAACGGAGACAUGUUUCACGUUACAUUUGACGGAUGGAAGGGAGCCUUCGACUACUGGACACGAUAUGAUAGUAGAGAUAUAUAUCCGUGUGGUUGGUGCCAUGGCUCCGGCCACCCUCUACAACCUCCGGGGCAGAAAACAUUUCCAGGGAAGGCAAGAAUUAAUCACAGUUUAAACUCUGACCCUGGAAGCCCGUGCUCCGCCCCAUCUACCUCCCCUCGGGCCCAGGCCCCCGGCCCCUCCUCCUCUCCCCGCCUAGCCCCGCCGUCCCCCCGGCGGGAUGUGUCCCCAGAGAAGAAGGUGAAGGAGAAGGCGGGGGGGACAGGACCGGAUAGCACAGGACUUAACAGGGUUAAUACCACAGGGAACGGAGUAACUCCGGUCCAGGUAGAAGUCCAUGUAUCUCCUCCCCCUCGAGGAGGUUGUGGUCCAUUUCUGGACCCUGCCAAGGUGGUGGUCCUCCCAGGCAUAUUUGGACCAGGUCCCAUUCAUCGGGUUCUCAGGGAGUCUGUCCAGAAACUGGUGGAUUCAGCUGUUGAUCAAAAACAAAUAUUUGGACUUCUUAGACAGGGGGAGGGGAAAGUGAUCAUCACCGCUAGCUUCGAGGAGAAGAUGCAGACUGUCAGGUUACCGUUGAUAGAAACAGAAUCCGCUUUCUGGGAUUUUAUGGAGAUUUUAUUUGAAGAGUUGAGAUGCGAGAUGUUUUAUUCAAAGGUAGGUAGAUUUUACAAAAUUUUAUAUUACUUUUUAAAAACAUGUAAGUUAAUGUAUAAUACUAUUAAGGUUCAGGUGUCCCUUACCCGCCUCAAAUUAGAUAAAAAGAAGGAUAAAAAAUCAGACAGACAAACACCAUCGCCGACUGUGCAGAAGCAGACAGCGAUCGGACAGCUGGCAACGGCCGCACAGCAGCAGAUGAUGACAGCGAUUAGCAGCGGCGGCGGUGGCGGGAAGCGGGUUCCAAUUUAUCACAACGCACACAAAAUGUUUCAGGCUCAGCAGGCAGCCCGGCAGCUAGUUAAACCAGACGGAAGCCCAAUUCAGGUUGAGAAUGAUAAGGGUUCAAAACCCAGCUUUCCUUCUUUAACCUCCACCCAUCCUCCAACCACCCCACUAACCCAUCCUCCCCCACCCAUAACCUCUAAUAUAACAACUCCUCUCUCCCUGGCCUCCCUCCCUAGCACCCAGCCCGCCCCCUCCCUCCCAUUGUCCCCGCCCAUGCCGGUUCUAUCCGCAAUGCCGCUACCAAGACAAAGUAUUCAUAGUCAGAUGUCUACCGGUUCCGAUUUAAAUCUGGUUCAGUCUCGCCCAACCAAUCAGAAUCUUGGGACAACAUCAGUUUUGUCCAAUCAGAAUCGAGCUCCUCUAUCCGCCUCAACCAAUCAGAACCGGACAGCUGGUCCUCCAACCAAUCAGAACCGAGUCUCAAUGGCUCCCGCCAAUCAGAACCGAGGAACUGUUGGAACCAAUCCCAAUAUUUUAUCCCAAUUGUCAGCACCAACGAUUGCGGAUAGAUUUCCAAAUCCAUUUUCUCAAACCCAGGGUUUUCCAUCGGUACCUAUGAAUGUUUCUGGCUACCCAAACCAACCUAUCAGUCAACAGUCAUUCUCAACCCACAACAACCAACAGCAGCUUCGCCAACAGCAACAACACAUAGUACAACAACAAAUACAGCAGCUACAGCAUCCGCAGGAGCUGUUGAUCCAACAACAGCAGUUUGAAGAACCCCAGACUAUUCACCAUCCAAUGCAACGUCUAACAAAACAGCAUCAGCCUCCUGUUCAGACCCCUCUACCCCCGGCUCGCGAAGAACAGCAGAAACAGCAGAAGGAAUUAACUGAUCCUGGUAGUUGGAAUAUAGAGGAAACUAUUGCUAAUAUAUCUAAGCUUGACCCAUCACUUGCUGGACACGUGGAAGCAUUCAGAACACAUGAGAUUGAUGGGAACGCCCUGUUGCUCCUGAGUUCGAGUAUGAUGAUGAAGUAUCUGGGGUUAAAGCUGGGUCCAGCUCUCAAGAUCUGUAAUAUCAUUGAUAAACUCAAGGGGAAGAAACAUCUUCCAAUUGGGUAAAUUUUGGAGACUGGACUUCCUUUGGAUCCUAUGUUAGGAACUGGACUUCCUUUGGAUUCCUAUAUCAGAGACUGGAUUUCCUUCAGAUCCUAUUUCAGGGACUGGACUCUCUUUGGAUCCUAUAUCAGAGACUGGACUUCCUUCAGAUCCUAUUUCAGGGACUGGACUCCCUCCAGAUCCUUUUUCGGGGACUGGAAUCCCUUUGGAUCCGUUAUCAGGGACUGGACUCCCUCCAGAUCCUAUAUCAGAGACUGGACUUCCUUCAGAUCCUAAAUCUCAGGAACUGAACUCUCUCCGGACCCUAUAUCAGCUUCCUAUUGUAGUUUCUGGAAGGAUUUCCACUCUUCCAUCCUUGAAGACUGAUUUUGUAUUGGCUGAAAUCCAUUCCAUUUAGACUUGUUUGGCUUAACAUUAAAAAAAAAACAAAGCUGUUAAUGGCUAACAUAUAACUUUUAUAAUUAUCUCUAGAACGUUCAAUGCUCCCCAAAAUAAAUCCCAAUAAAUAAUGUGGUUUAGUUGAUUUUAAGUGUUGAAAAUACCGAUAUGAAAUCAAUAUUUGGAAACCUGCCUAUGGACAUUAAACAGCUAUUCUUUACAUUUAAACUGUACAACACAAGAACUAUGCAAAUAAAGUUUACAAAUAUGUACAUUGUACAGCGUACAUUACAAUGUACAGUGCCAAAUAAUGAAUUAAACAGUAUUCUAUGCACUGUGAAAUUAUACAUUUAAAUUUCUUGUAUGCAGACUUCAUGAAUUAUGAAUGUUGUCACCUAAAAAAGCGCAAAAUUAAUUCUAUCUUUGUAAUUUGCUUCCCUUUCUCGUCUGGAUAUUUAAUGUUAUUGUUUACUUUGCAGUACACGUCCUCACGUCAUUUGUAGCAUGUCUAUUUGUUGAAAGACAUAAAUAAUAACAGUUGCUUCAA